CAACCUGUUUCGUAUUAACGUGUUGAAUUAAUCUAAGGGGAGUAGUGUGGUGGACGGAGAUAUUGUGAAGUUGUGGAAGAGAAGUAGUUGUUUAUUCGAUACAUUCAAUUUCGGAAGCCAUAGAUAUCAUCGCACGUUCAAAGACGGUUAGAACUAGCUCCAAGAAAGAGAGAGCUGAAUCAGCUUAGCCUAUAUAACCAACGCAAUAGGUUUGGUGCACAAUGGCUCCCAAAACAGGGAAAGCCAAGCCACACAAAUCCAAGGGAGACAAGAAGAAGAAAGAAGAGAAAGUUUUGCCUACCGUAAUCGAGAUUAUCAUUGAAACACCGGAUGAAUCGCAAGUGACACUCAAGGGUAUCUCUACGGACAGGAUCCUAGAUGUGAGAAAGCUGUUGGGAGUCCACGUAGACACAUGUCAUUUGACCAAUUUCUCCCUAUCCCACGAGGUGCGAGGACCCAGACUGAAAGAUACCGUGGACAUCCUCUCUCUCAAACCCUGCCACCUCACCAUCGUCGAAGAGGACUACACGGAAGAGCAGGCAGUGGCUCAUAUCCGACGACUGGCUGACAUCGUCGCCUGCACGACGUCGUUUGGGUCCUCCUCCUCGUCUUCUUCUUCGCCCAGGACCCCCGGUUCUGCUCCCGCUCCGGUUCGGUCUAAUUCGAAAGAGUCCGGUUUGGACGAGGUUGGCCGAAACGGAGACGAGCAGAAUGCCGUUUCGAAGAGCAAAGUUUCGAGUCCGAUUCCGAUCGCCGGCGAGAAAGGUGGCGAGCCGGCAAUGUAUCCUCCGCCGAAGCUCGGCCAGUUCUACGACUUCUUCUCCUUGUCGAACCUCACUCCUCCACUCCACUACGUCAGAAGAUCUAGCCGUCCGUUUCUUGAGGACAAGACGGAGGAGGACCUGUUUCAAAUUGAUGUCAGGGUUUGUAGUGGGAAGCCGACGACUAUAGUUGCAUCCAGAAAAGGGUUCUACCCUGCUGGAAAACGUCCUCUUAUUACUCACUCUUUGGUUGCUUUGCUUCAACAGAUAAGCCGCCCUUUCGAUGCUGCAUACAGUGCUGUCAUGAAGGCCUUCACUGAGCACAAUAAAUUUGGGAACCUUCCUUACGGUUUCCGAGCAAAUACAUGGGUAGUCCCUCCAGUUGUUGCUGAGAAUCCGUCUGUUUUCCCGCCGCUUCCUCUAGAAGAUGAAAACUGGGGAGGAAAUGGGGGUGGGCAGGGAAGAGAUGGCAAACAUGAUAACAGGCCAUGGGGGAAGGAGUUUGCCAUUCUGGCAGCAAUGCCUUGUGCAACAGCAGAGGAGAGGCAAGUUAGAGAUCGGAAGGCCUUUCUGCUUCACAGUUUAUUUGUCGACGUCUCAGUUCUUAAAGCUGUUGCAGCUAUUAAGAGCCUAAUUGCCACUCAUCAAUCUUCCCUAAAUGAUUCCACUCUUUCACUUCAACAUGAGGAAAAAGUUGGAGAUUUAAUCAUUAAGAUUGUUAGAGAUGCACCUGAUGCCAGUAUAAAGGUGGAUUGCAAGAAUGACGGCAGUCAAGUUUUAGGAAUUCCACAAGAAGAAGUUACUCAGAGAAACCUUCUCAAAGGCAUAACAGCUGAUGAGAGUGCAACCGUUCAUGAUACUUCUACGCUAGGUGUUGUAGUUGUUAGGCACUGUGGAUUUACUGCUGUUGUUAAAGUUUUACUUUUAGCUGAGGUGAAUUGGGUGGGAAGUCCUGUGCCUCAGGACAUUGAAAUUGAGGACCAGCCGGAAGGAGGUGCAAAUUCCUUAAAUGUUAAUAGCCUGAGAAUCCUAUUACAACCGUCAUUGAGCCUUCAGUCAUCAACUACAGUUCAAAGAAGCCUGAGUACAGAUUUUGAAAAUUUACGUUCUGCUAGGUCAUUAGUAAGGAAAGUACUCGAAGAAAGUUUGUUAAAGUUGCAGGGCGGACCAUCUAAUUUCACUAAGUCGAUAAGAUGGGAACUUGGAGCAUGUUGGGUUCAACACCUGCAAAAUCAAGCGUCAGCAAAAAAUGAUCCUAAGAAAAAUGAAGAAGCUAAGAUUGAGCCUGCUGUUAAGGGCCUGGGAAGGCAAGGAGGACUGCUGAAGGAAAUAAAAAAGAAAAUGGAUAUCAGGAGCAGUAAAACUGAACCAGGGAAGGAAAUUAUUGGUGGUAACAACCUUGAUCAUAAUAAGAAUUCAGACGCCACCAGUCAGGAGGAGUUGCAAAAGCGAGAAGCUGAAAAGGAAAUGAUUUGGAGAAAGCUACUUCCUGGUGCAUCAUACUCACGCCUCAAAGAAUCAGAUACCGGUCUCCACCUUAAGUCACCCGAUGAGUUGAUUGAAAUGGCACACAAGUAUUAUGCUGAUACUGCACUUCCAAAACUGGUUGCAGAUUUUGGCUCCCUUGAACUUUCACCAGUUGAUGGAAGGACAUUGACAGAUUUUAUGCAUACAAGGGGGUUGCAAAUGUGUUCCUUGGGACGCGUGGUUGAACUCGCAGAUAAGCUCCCUCAUGUACAAUCACUCUGUAUCCAUGAGAUGGUUGUGCGGGCAUACAAACACAUACUGCAAGCUGUUGUCGCAGCAGUUGAUAAUGUUGCAGACUUGGCUCCAUCAAUAGCAGCAUGUCUAAAUAUUCUCCUUGGGACCCCAUCAGCUGAAAAUGGGGAUGGAGCCAUUACUUGUGAUGAUGCGUUAAAAUGGAAGUGGGUGGAAAGUUUUCUAUUGAAGAGAUUUGGAUGGCAAUGGAAACAUGAAAGUGUUGAGGACUUGAGAAAGUUUGCCAUUCUUCGUGGAUUGUGCCAUAAGGUUGGCCUUGAGCUUGUGCCAAGGGACUAUGAAAUGGACACUUCGUCUCCUUUUAGAAAAUCAGAUAUAGUAAGCAUGGUCCCUGUGUACAAGCAUGUUGCAUGUUCAUCUGCUGAUGGACGCACACUUCUGGAAUCUUCUAAGACAUCUUUGGACAAAGGUAAACUGGAGGACGCUGUUAACUAUGGUACCAAGGCGUUGUCAAAACUCGUAUCGGUAUGUGGGCCGUAUCAUCGAAUGACUGCUGGAGCAUAUAGUCUUCUUGCUGUAGUACUGUAUCACACUGGGGAUUUUAAUCAGGCAACCAUCUACCAGCAGAAAGCAUUGGAUAUUAAUGAGAGAGAGCUCGGCCUUGAUCAUCCUGAUACAAUGAAAAGUUACGGGGAUUUAGCGGUGUUCUACUACCGACUUCAACAUACAGAGUUGGCCUUGAAGUACGUCAACCGUGCUCUGUAUCUUUUGCACCUAACAUGUGGGCCAUCUCAUCCAAACACGGCUGCCACCUAUAUCAAUGUAGCAAUGAUGGAAGAAGGUUUGGGGAAUGUCCAUGUUGCUCUUAGGUACCUCCAUGAAGCUCUUAAGUGCAAUCAAAGGCUACUUGGAGCUGAUCACAUACAGACUGCUGCGAGCUAUCAUGCCAUAGCCAUCGCACUCUCUUUGAUGGAGGCGUACUCGUUAAGUGUUCAGCACGAACAAACUACCUUGCAAAUUCUGCAGGCAAAACUUGGGUCUGAGGAUUUACGCACACAGGAUGCGGCUGCAUGGCUUGAAUAUUUUGAAUCCAAAGCUUUGGAGCAGCAAGAAGCUGCACGGAAUGGUACACCAAAGCCAGACGCCUCAAUCUCUAGCAAAGGUCAUUUGAGUGUUUCAGAUCUUUUGGAUUACAUAACACCAGAUGCUGAUAUGAAAGCAAGAGAGGCUCAAAGGAAAGCUCGAUUGAAGGUCAAGGGAAAACCAGGUCAGAACGGGGAAGCUGUCUCUGAUGAGUACCAGAAGGACGAAAAUUUGUUACCAAGUCAUCCUGUUGCAGAGAAUUUGAGCGAUAAAGAAAACAAGUCUGAAGCACAGUUAGCAGAACCUAGAAAUGAGAAAUCUGAUUCACGUCUACUUGAGCAAUCAAUUGUAUUUGCUACGAGUGAUGAUCUGGCACAAGAUGACACCUCAGACGAAGGCUGGCAAGAGGCUGUUCCUAAAGGCCGGUCACUUACAGGUCGCAAAUCUAUUGGAUCUAGGAGGCCAAGUCUUGAAAAACUGAAUACGAACUUUAUCAAUACAUCCCAGUCAUCAAGAUAUCGAGGCAAGACCAAUACUUUCACAUCCCCUAAGACAAGUCCAAAUGAGCCUGCUUCUUUAACUGGACCUGCUCUUCCAGUGUCAAAGAAGUUUGUCAAGAGUGCAAGCUUCAGUCCAAAGCCAAACAACUCUAGCACAUCAGCUACUGGAGCUGUUGAGAGAUUGCCAAACCCAAAGUCAGCACCAUCUACUCCAGCUUCUACUGAUCCAGUUGUCAAGUCUGCAAGUCCAAUCAGUGUUCAGUCAGCUGGAAAGCUCUUUUCCUACAAAGAAGUUGCUUUGGCUCCACCUGGGACAAUUGUGAAGGCAGUGGCAGAGCAGUUACCGAAGGGAGAUCUUCCUAAUGUACAGACUUCUGAGGGCGGCCAGGAGACACCUACAAUUGAGAUCAUUGUUGGUGACGUGACAAUAAAAGAUAUAAAGGAAGAUAAAAAUCAGAAACCCACAGGAGGGAAAUCUGAGAAAGGCCCUUCUAUUAUACGAGCAGCAAAGGUGAAGGAUUCUGAGGCAAAAGAGUCCCUGGAAGUUGUAAAGCAUGCUAGUGUUGGAGUACAAGUUGAAGCUGAAGCUGUAGAAUUAGAAAACCCUGCUUUUGAAGGCGCAAAAGUACAAAAUGUAAAAGUUGUUCCUACGGUUGAGAUAUCUGACACUCCCCAAGCUCCAAGUACCACUGCUUCUGAAUGUCAGUUGUCAGAAGCUCUGGGGCCAGACAGUUGCCUCAGGACUUCCUCUGAUUCAGAACCUAUACCUCCUUUAACCACCACCAACAGUCCUGAUACAGAGGGAAAAUUACCCAAUGGCAACAUAGUUAAAGCAGUGCCAACAGAUGGGGAAAAGGUAGAUGAACAAGAAACUGGAAAGGAGACGAGCAAAAAACUUUCUGCAGCCGCACCUCCUUUUAAUCCAUCACCCAUUCCAGUUUUUGGCUCAAUUCCGGUUCCAGUUCCAGGUUUCAAAGAUCAUGGAGGGAUUUUGCCCCCACCUGUAAAUAUUCCUCCAAUGCUUGCAGUUAAUCCUGUCCGUAGAUCACCUCAUCAGUCAGCGACAGCAAGAGUUCCUUAUGGUCCACGAUUGUCUGGUGGCUAUAACAGAUCUGGAAGCCGGGUUUCACGUAAUAAACAUAGCUUUCAAAAUGGCGAGCAUACUGGGGAUGGCCCUCCUAGAAUUAUGAACCCACAUGCAGCUGAGUUUGUACCCGGCCAACCUUGGGUUCAAAAUGGUUAUCCAGUGUCGCCCAACGGUUUCUUGCCAUCCCCAAAUGGUUAUCCUGUUUCACCAAAUGGAUAUCCAGUAUCACCAAAUGGUACUCCAUUGACUCAAAAUGGUUCUCCGACAUCUCCGCUCAGUUCAGACGAAUCAUCGCCAGUUGUGACUGCUGAUAUUGGUGUCAGAACAAACCCUGAAGAAGCUGCAAAAGUGACUGAUGAUAAGUUAUCGGCACAAACUGAAUGUGACAAUGAACCAAUUGAAGGAAAGCUGCAGGAAGAACAAUCUGCAGAUAACGUAGAUGUUCGCCCAGAAAUUGAAGAUAAGCCAAUUGACACGGAUACAGUUCCUGGUGAUACUAGCGAGGAAAAGGAGGCUAGCAAUGUAGUAGUUGAAGAAAAACCAAGCAAAUGUUGGGGAGAUUAUAGCGAUAAUGAAGCUGAGGUCAUUGAGGUUAGUAGUUGAAGAAGGAUCAUAUAUACUUUUUAGUAUACCAACCAGUUCACAGCUUGUAGUUCUGUACAAGAGAAGUGAGAUACAAAACUGGGAUGUGAAGGGCCAGCUGUAGAAAGAAAUUUUCCAGUACAACCCUGCGGAGUGUGAAUACUUUCCAAUAACUGUCUGCUGAAGCGUGGAUUGAGAACUUUUACAAGAGAAUGGCAUGCGAAAGAAUAUGCCCGAGUGCGGUUAAGUGCUAGUGAAUAAAUCAUUGGUGGCUCAAAUUCCUUUCCUGUUCAAUUUUUACUUCUUUCUGAUAUAAUCUAUUUUUGUUGGAUGUCAACUGAUAAUGAAGGAACCUUAGGCUGUUUAGUUUAAUCAUGUACUCGCGGAUGUUGAUUUCUUGGAAAGAUUGUGAGACAAUAAAGUUCAUUUGUUCUUCUGUAAUAAGUUAUUAGUGAUCUGAUAACAUUAAUCGGCCUCAGUUUGUUCUAUUGGUAUGUUCUUCAUGCGGUUUGCAAAACAAACUA